ACUUCCUUUUGAACAUAAAAGUAUCAAAGUAAUCAAAACUGUAAGGAACAAAGGAAACAAAGCUCUUUAAAGUGUGAUUUCAAACAGAUCAUCGCCUUUGAGCGCCCUUUGUACUUCCACUAUGAACAGCAGAGGUGUUAAUGGACCAAAAAUGGACUUAUUAAUCCCAAACCAAGAUGGUGGGAAACAUAAAUACCAGCUUUAGUUCAGACUGAGUUCAUUGGCGAGCAGAACAUCUCAGGAGGAGAAUCAGUGGAUAAGACCAGAGAGACAGCAGGAGCGCUUGACUGAGAGCAGAGAAACAUGGACACCUCCAAGUUCUCCAACUUCAGCAUCGACUACAUCCUGGGAGAGAGCUCAUCCCGGCCUCACACACACACAGCGGAGCCUCCAGCAGCUCCACAGGCCCUCAGAGGAGACUGUGGUGGGGUGAACUUGCUGCCAUCCAGCGGUUUCAGCGCUCAGAGUCUAGGGGGCGCAGCGGUGCCUCCUCUUCCAGCUCCAUGCCCGGGAACCUACGUCUACGAUAGAGCGCCUUACAGCACCUACAACACCUUCACCUGCUGUGGACCAGUCACCUACUACCAGACCAGCUUCAACCUCAACUACUGCGGAACUGAGCGCUGGUUUCACUCACAUCCAGACUGCGACAGAGAUGAAGCUCACUGCUACCAGACUGGCCAGCAGAGGCAGAGGAACAGAAUCAGAACCGUGUUCACAGAGAACCAGACCAGGCAGCUGGACCAGCUCUUCUCCAUCACCGAGUACCCGAGUGUGGAGGCCCGGGCAGAGCUGGCCAGAAACACCGGCCUCAGCGAGGAGAUUGUUCGGGUAUGGUUUAAAAACCGCAGAGCCCGUAGGAAAAGACAGAGGCCUUCAAGUGACCAGUCUGACCAGUCUGUGUGACUGGUGUGAGCUGUGCUGGACCACCUGCUGUUUUGUAUUUAGAAAAUAAAAAUGUUAGAUAAUUUACUGAUAUGCUGUAAUGAUGUGCUUAUUUAUCUUAUUUAAUGUGACCACGUUUUGGUUUUCCAAAAAAAAAAAGACUUCGGGGACACAAGGACGGGGUCCUUGGGGUCGGGGGUCUUUAAGAAGGCCUAAGUUUUGUGUAUGGGUGAUGGUGUA